AUGCAGUUCUUUCCAUGGGACCUCUUCUUCCAAGAGCUGCCCCAGCCCCUGGAUGGGGAGCUGCCGUGGCCACCGGAGACGACCGUGGAGCUGAGUUGUGGCUCAGGGCCACUGCAAGUGAUCCUGGGCCCAGAGCAAGCUGCAGUGCUGGACUGUAGUCUGGGACCUUCUGGACCCCCCACCAGCAUCACGUGGAGCAAGGAUGGAGGUGCCCUUCCUGAGCAUGACCACCUGCGCCUGCUACCAAAUGGCUCCCUGUGGCUGUCCCAGCCGCUAGCACCUGAUAGCAGUGAGGAGGCGGCCCCCGGGGACUCAGAGCUCAUUGAGGGCAGCUAUUCCUGCCUGGCCCAUGGCCCCCUCGGAGCGGUGGCCAGCCAGGCCGCAGUGGUCAAGCUCGCCACACUCGCAGGCUUCUCUCUGCACCCGGAGUCUCAGGUGGUGGAGGAGAACGGGACUGCCCGGUUUGAAUGCCACAUUGAAGGGCUGCCAGCACCUGCCAUUACUUGGGAGAAGGACCAAGUGCCGGUGCCUGAGGAGCCUCGGCUCAUCACUCUUCCCAACGGGGUCCUCCAGAUCCUGGACAUUCAGGAGAGUGACACAGGCUCCUACCGCUGUGUGGCCACCAACUCAGUCCGCCAGCGCUUCAGCCAAGAGGCCCUCCUCAGUGUGGCCCGCAGAGGGUCUCUGGUGUCCACCAGGGGGCAGGACGUGGUCAUCGUGGCAGCCCCCGAGAACACCACAGUGGUUUCUGGCCAGAGUGUGGUGAUGGAAUGCUUGGCCUCGGCUGACCCCACCCCUUUCGUGUCCUGGGUCCGACAGGACGGGAAGCCCAUCUCCACGGAUGUCAUCGUCCUGGGUCGCACCAACUUACUAAUCAGCAGCGCGCAGCCCCGGCACUCGGGCGUCUACGUCUGCCGCGCUAACAAGCCCCGCACGCGCGACUUCGCCACGGCCGCCGCCGAGCUCCGCGUGCUGGCCGCGCCGCUGGCCGUCGUGGUGCGCGAGGGGCUGCCCAGCGCGCCCACGCGGGUCACGGCCACGCCUCUGAGCAGCUCCGCCGUGCUCGUGGCCUGGGAGCGGCCCGAGCUGCACAGCGAGCAGAUCAUCGGCUUCUCCCUCCACUACCAGAAGGCACGAGGCAUGGACAACGUGGAAUACCAGUUUGCAGUGAACAAUGAUACCACAGAGUUGCAGGUCCGGGACCUGGAACCCAACACCGAUUAUGAGUUCUACGUGGUGGCCUACUCCCAGCUGGGGGCCAGCCGCACCUCUACCCCAGCACUGGUCCACACACUGGAUGAUGUCCCCAGUGCAGCGCCCCAGCUCUCCCUGUCCAGCCCCAACCCCUUGGACAUCAGGGUGGCGUGGCUGCCCCUGCCUCCCAGCCUGAGCAAUGGGCAGGUGGUGAAGUACAAGAUAGAGUACGGUUUGGGAAAGGAAGCGGAUCAGGUUUUCUCCACCGAGGUGCCUGGAAAUGAAACACAGUUUACGCUGAGUUCGCUGCAGCCCAACAAAGUAUAUCGAGUACGGAUUUCAGCUGGCACAGGCGCUGGCUAUGGGACCCCCUCCCAGUGGAUGCAGCACAGGACGCCCAAUAUGCACAACCAGAGCCAUGUCCCGUUUGCCCCUGCAGAGUUGAAGGUACGGGCAAGGAUGGAGUCCCUGGUGGUGUCGUGGCAGCCUCCCCCUCACCCUGCCCAGAUCUCUGGCUACAAACUGUACUGGCGGGAGGUGGGCGCCGAGGAGGAGGCGGCCGAUGGUGAGAGUCCCCCAGCGGGCCGCAGAGACCAGGCUUGGGAUGUGGGGCCUGUCCGGCUCAAGAAGAAAGUGAAGCAGUAUGAGCUGACCCAGCUAGCCCCUGGCCGGCUGUACGAGGUGAAACUUGUGGCAUUCAACAAACAUGAGGAUGGCUACGCAGCAGUGUGGAAGGGCAAGACAGAAAAGGCUCCCACGCCAGACUUGCCCAUCCAGAGGGGACCACCCUUACCCCCCGCCCACGUCCAUGCAGAAUCAAACAGCUCCACAUCCAUUUGGCUUCGGUGGAAAAAGCCCGACUUCACCACAGUCAAGAUUGUCAACUAUACUGUGCGCUUCAGCCCCUGGGGACUCAGGAACGCCUCCCUGGUCACCUAUUAUACCAGCUCUGGAGAAGACAUCCUUAUUGGCGGGCUGAAGCCAUUCACCAAGUACGAGUUCGCAGUACAGUCCCACGGUGUGGACAUGGAUGGGCCUUUUGGCUCCGUGGUGGAACGCUCCACCCUGCCUGACCGGCCCUCUACGCCCCCAUCUGACCUGCGCCUGAGCCCCCUGACGCCCUCCACCGUUCGGCUGCACUGGUGCCCCCCGACGGAGCCCAAUGGCGAGAUCGUGGAGUAUCUGAUUCUGUACAGCAACAACCAUACCCAGCCCGAACACCAGUGGACCCUGCUGACCACGGAGGGAAACAUCUUCAGUGCUGAGGUACAUGGCCUCGAGAGUGACACCAGAUACUUCUUCAAGAUGGGGGCGCGCACAGAGGUGGGGCCUGGGCCCUUCUCUGGUCUGCAGGAUGUGAUCACUCUCCAGGAGAAGCUCUCAGACUCCUUGGAUGUGCACUCAGUCACAGGCAUCAUUGUGGGUGUCUGCCUGGGCCUCCUCUGCCUCCUGGCCUGCAUGUGUGCCGGCCUGCGCCGCAGCCCCCACAGAGAAACCCUCCCAGGCCUGUCCUCCACAGCCAAUGCUGGGAACCCUGCACUGUACUCUAGAGCCCGCCUUGGGCCCCCCAGUCCCCCAGCUGCCCAUGAACUGGAGUCCCUUGUGCACCCCCGUCCCCAGGACUGGUCUCCACCGCCCUCAGACAUCGAGGACAGGGCUGAAGUGCACAGCCUUAUGGGUGGCGGUGCUUCAGACUGCCGGGGUCACUCCAAGAGAAAGAUCUCCUGGGCUCAGCCAGGUGGGCCCAGCUGGGCAGGCUCCUGGGCUGGCUGCGAGCUGCCCCAAGCAGGUGCCAUGCCUUCUCUGACCCGGGCCCUGCUGCCCCCUGCUGGAACUGGGCAGACACUGUUGCUGCAGGCUCUGGUGUAUGACGCCAUAAAGGGCAAUGGCAGGAAGAAGCCACCCCCGGCCUGCAGGAACCAGGUGGAGGCUGAAGUCAUUGUCCACUCUGACUUUAGUGCAUCCAAAGGGAACCCCAACCUCCACCUCCAGGACCUGGAGCCUGAGGACCCCCUGCCUUUGGAGACUCCUGACCUUACUUCGGGUGUUGUGGAUCUAGGGCAGGGGGUAGACUGGCUGGACAGGGAGCUGAGAGGGUGUGAGCAGGCAACCACUGGGCCAGACAGACUUACCUGCCUGCCAGAGGCAACCAGCACUUCUUAUCAGUACCCGGACCUCCAGCCCAGUGAGGCUCUGGAGGAGACCCCUGGGAACAGCUGCCAGCCAACAGCCCCCUGCACGCUAGGAAUGAGCCCAGGCCUGCCCAGAGCCCCAGUCUCUUCCUCUACCUAGCUCCCCUACAGGGUGCAAUUGGGGGCGGGCCGGUAUGCAUCGUGGGAUGUGGCACAUGUGGCAGAGUAUGUACACAUGUGUACCUGCAGGUCCUGAAUAUUAUCAAGCCAUUUGGAGCUUCCUGGGAUGCUUUGGCUGCGGGGAGAGGAAGAGAUGGAGUACUCCAUCCUCCCAUACUCUGUGACACAAGUGAAGGACCUGUGAGGCAUGGCCAUAUGUGGUGUACACAUGUGCACGUACUGGCUGGUGAGCUGAGAAACUCCAGUCUAGGCAGUGGUCACUAUGGCCUAACUGAUCCUCUAGGUCAGGAUAGUGGCCCAGAGUGGGCAGUCCCCAGCCCUGUGGGGCCCCCAUCUCCGCCACCUAGCUGUUUAUUACACACUCUGAGAGUGUCUGCAAUGCCCUGUCUGACAAAGACAGCCCCGGCCCAUUUUCCGGUCGGGCUGGGUUGAGUGCAGUAGGCUCUGAAUGCCCAACAUUUCAGUUGCAUCGCUCCCCAUCUCCCGCGCCCCUGUGGGUCCAGACUGAAAGGGUGACUCUGGCUCCCCUCAGAGCAACGCUGCAUUUCAUUCUGUCAUUUGGGAAGCGCCUGGUUUCGGAAAUCCAUGGACUCUGGCUCCCCUCUCCUCCCUUCCUCUUCACUGCUCCUGUGCUCUGCCUCCUGUCAGCCUGCUCUCCCAGUUCUCCUACCUGCUCCUCCCCCGCCAUUCUCUUUCCUCUCCUCUCUGCUGUCCGUCUGUUCCCUGACCAUCUCUGCUGUCUCUCACACCUCUCCCAGACUGCAUCGUGUGGCUCACCUGCCUGCGUUCAAUCUUUGCAUCCUUCCCCAACAACAUGACUACCUCAUGUCUGCUUUGAGGCCAUAGCAUGACUUCUGUGUCCGCCAUUCACUUCACUCGCCAUCUUCCUGGCCCUCUUCUCUAGGUGCCGCCACAUGCCCCCUCCCUAGGCAGACCCCCAGUGCGGGUUUGGAGACGACCUUCCAGUUUCCCUUGCAUUUCUGUCUCUCCCUGGGAUUGAGAUAGGAGGAUUCUCCUUGGAGGUGAUGGAUCCACGUUCACACAAGGGGAUUUCUGAGACAGAGAAAGGGGAUUACAUUUGAUCUAGAGGCUCAGGAUAAAAUGAUUCCCUCCCUUCUAGGCAGGGAGGCAGGGUUCUUAGAUGGAGGAGGUUGGGGACCUUCCUUCACUGCUGAAGCCAAAGCUGGAGAAGGAGAGUGGGGAUUAGGGGCACCACAGCCCAGCAACUUCCCACUCUGUGCGCUGGGAACAUGAGCUGGUGGAGGGGGGUGCCAGGAGUUGCACCCUCUAGGUGCUGGAAGGAGGUCUUUGCACAGGACAAGGGUAAUUGGCUCAUUUCAUUAUUUUUUUUCUUUAAAUUCAAUCCUAAAGUCAUUUUCUGUUGACCUGUCACACAGGGACAAGCUGGACUUCUAUUUCCUGUGUAAAGGAGAUGAGCUAUUAAUUUGAUUUUGCACCCCAGCCUCUCAUAGGAUCAUAGAAUGUGGGACUUUUCUCCCUAAACGCAUCUUUUUAACUGAUUGGCACAUCAAGGGUUAACUCUGGCUUCUGGGCCAAAUUGGAAACAACCAGUCUAUCUUUCUUUUCCUUUUCUUUCUUUCUUUCUUUUUUUUUUUUUUUAAAUGGUGAAAUGUCUCUCAGCAGAGUUGCAGCUUCCUCAGACCCUUUCAGCAUCUGUGUUUAUUACACUGGGGCGUCACUCACAUUUGACACGCGCACCUCCAUUUCCUCCCCCGCCCCCUCCCCCUCCUCCAGCCAGCCUAUGAUAACACUAAAGAUUAUUCAUGCUGGUUUGUCUCUCGUUUGGGACAGAAUUGUCACUUGUACUAUUUCUGUAGCAUUCGGCAUUGCUGUAGCUAAUACCACUGUAUAUGUUUCAUCAUUGCUCUGAAGGUCAAAAGCCUCAUUUUAUUUUGCUGGUUUGAUUUUUUUUUUUCCAAAAGGAAAAAAAAAAUGCCCUGAAUUAAAGGGCUGUUUUAACAGUAGGCUGUUAGCAUUACGCCACGUAGUCAUUUUUCAUGUUCUUGUUUAACAGGCACUGAGGCUCUGGUUUAAAUUAAAUAGCUGCAAAUAAGACAAUUUAUAACCCAUUAGGUUGGGUGGAAAAUUGUUUCUCAAAAGCAAAUAAGUAAUAAAUCUGGUAUCUGCCUAUAACUCACACUUGAUAAGAAAGUGGCCAUUACUCACUAGCCUUAUAUAUGAUUUGGGCCCUGGGUAAUUUGGAAGUGUUAGGUUUGUGUCUUAGUAGCAGUAUUUUUAUUAGAAAAGAGUCUAUUGGCCUUUUACAGGGUAUUAAUCCCUUUGUCACCUACCAUCGAUGCCUUACGUUUUUUGAGUCUCAUUUAGAAACCUUCCUUUUCUUGAUGCAUGACAAGUGUAAUCAGCACCUGCUCAUUUAUUUGUCUGUAUUUAGUUUAUGCUGUAUUAUUUAAUUAUUUUUCCAGCAUAUUUCCCGCUCCUUACAAAUAUGAUAUUCUUUAGUGUUAAGCCAAGGCAUUGAUUAUGUAUCUGUCCCUAUAAUGAAUUAAUAAACUAUUUUCCAAACACA